AUGAGAGCCGAGAUUGCUGAUGGGAGUGUUGCAAAAAAGUCCACCAUGACGGACGUUGAAGAAAUGCGACGACGUUUACAGGACUACUAUCGGAUUCCAAUUGCGUUAAGGAAGCAGGGUACUACAAAGGCUCCAUGCCCUUUCUGUGGGAAGCUGGUGGAAUACCCCCUGGGCGACGGACAUCAGGAUGCCCAAUGCGACAAAGACGAAUUGGAUGAGCUGGAGAUUGAGAUUGGAGAGAGAGUGUUUAUCCCUGGGUAUGGCGUUACUGUAAUUGAAUAUCCUGAGGACAAGAGGGUGGUUGUCCCAGAUAACCUUAUCUUCCACUAA